GCGGGGCUCUGAGGCGCGAUGGCGGCGCGCUGCUUGGGCCGCGGUGUCGUACGGCUCCUGGGCGGCCUUCGCGGGGUGGGCGCGCGGGGCCUGGCGGCCCCCCGGCUCUGGGGCAGCGCCUCCGCCCCCGCCGCGCCGGCCGGCUCGUACCAGGAGCGGAUCGCGCUGGCCGCCAGCGAGCCGGCAGCCUUCUGGGGGCCGCUGGCGCGGGAUGUGCUCGUGUGGGACACCCCCUACCACACUGUGAGCGACUGCGACUUCCGCAGCGGCAGGAUCGGCUGGUUCCUGGGAGGCCAGUUGAACGUGUCCGUCAACUGCUUGGACCAGCAUGUUCGGAAGUCCCCGGAGAGCGUCGCUUUGAUCUGGGAGCAGGAUGAGCCUGGAACUGAAGUGAGGAUCACCUACAGGGAACUGCUGGAGACCACGUGCCGCCUGGCCAACACGCUCAAGAGGCAUGGAGUCCACCGAGGGGACCGGGUAGCCAUCUACAUGCCUGUCUCCCCGCUGGCUGUGGCCGCAAUGCUGGCUUGCGCCAGGAUUGGAGCCAUCCACACUGUUGUCUUUGCUGGCUUCAGUGCGGGGUCCUUGGCUGCGAGGAUCAAUGAUGCCAAGUGCAAGGUGGUUAUCACCUUCAACCAAGGACUCCGGGGAGGGCGUGUGGUGGAGCUGAAGAAGAUUGUGGACGAAGCCAUAAAGCUCUGCCCAACCGUCCAGCAUGUCCUCGUGGCUCACAGGACAGACAACAAGGUCCACAUGGGGGAUCUGGACAUCCCCCUUGAGCAGGAAAUGGCCAAGGAGGAGCCAGUGUGCGCCCCAGAGAGCAUGGGGAGUGAGGACACGCUCUUCCUGCUGUACACCUCGGGGAGCACUGGGACACCCAAGGGGCUUGUCCACACCCAGGCGGGCUACCUGCUGUACGCCGCUGUGACGCACCGGUUUGUGUUUGACUACCGGCCAGGGGACGUCUUUGGCUGCGUGGCUGACAUCGGCUGGAUUACGGGACACAGCUAUGUGGUGUACGGGCCUCUGUGCAAUGGAGCGACCAGCGUCCUUUUUGAGAGCACCCCGGUUUACCCCGACGCUGGUCGGUACUGGGAGAUGGUGCAGAGGUUGAAGAUCAAUCAGUUCUAUGGAGCCCCGACGGCCUUCCGGCUGCUGCUGAAAUUCGAGGAUUCCUGGGUGAAGAAGUAUGACCGCUCCUCCCUGCGGACCCUGGGCUCAGUGGGAGAGCCGAUCAACCACGAGGCCUGGGAGUGGCUGCACAGAGUGGUGGGGGACAGCCGGUGCACGCUGGUGGAUACCUGGUGGCAGACAGGAUUUUGGCAGCAAGAGACCACCACUGACGUAAUAAACAUGGCUGAGGUCUCGUCCUUCGAGAAGCCAGAAAAAACGGGGGGCAUCUGCAUCUCGCCGCGGCCCUCGGAGGAGGGGGCAGAAAUCCUGCCCUGCAUGGCGAUGAGGCCCUUGUUUGGCAUCGUCCCUGUUCUCAUGGAUGAGAAGGGAAAUGUCCUGAAGGGUGGAGAUGUGUCUGGGGCUCUGUGCCUGUCCCAGGCCUGGCCAGGCAUGGCCCGGACCAUCUUCGGAGAUCACCAGCGAUUCAUGGACGCCUACUUCAAGGCCUACCCGGGCUACUACUUCACAGGAGACGGGGCUUACCGAACUGAGGACGGCUACUACCAGAUCACGGGGCGGAUGGACGACGUCAUCAACAUCAGCGGCCACCGGCUGGGGACGGCGGAGAUUGAGGACGCCAUGGCUGACCACCCUGCAGUGCCCGAGACCGCCGUCAUCGGCUACCCGCACGACAUCAAGGGAGAAGCUGCGUUUGCCUUCAUCGUGUUGAAAGAUGACGCGGGUGACGCAGACGUGGUGGUGAAGGAGCUCCGGUCGGUGGUGGCCUCCAAGAUUGCCAAGUAUGCGGUGCCCGACCAGGUCCUGGUAGUGAAGCGUCUUCCAAAAACUCGGUCUGGAAAAGUCAUGCGGAGGCUCCUGAGGAAGAUCGUCACAGGCGGAGCUCAGGACCUGGGGGACAUCACCACAAUGGAGGACCCCACUGUCAUCACGGAGAUACUGAGCGCCUACCAGGAGUACAAAGACAAGUGGGGGGCCGCCCAGUGACGAUGGCUCUGCCGAGAUCCCGAGCCAGGCCCCGAACUUACGCUCCUAGAACACAGCUCCCGAGUCGGCUUGUUCCUAGACGCCCCAGCGGAACCCACGCUACCCUCCACACGAAGCCCCAAGUCCCUGCCUUCCCUCUAUGUGGGGACCCAUGACAGGUCCUCACACAGGGUGAGCUUUCUCCCACUUGCCCUGAAUUUGGUUUCCCGGUGAAAAGUCCAUCACCUCCAUUCCCGUGCCUUCCCGACAGCACAGGAAGGUGGAGCCCCUGUGCCUGCUCAGGUGACUGGCAACUACAAGCAGUCAUGUUUUCUCCUGGUGUUUCUGGAAACGCAAGGUGGAAAUUUUAUUUUUAUACUUUUAUAUUUUAGAAGAAAAAUGGUGCAAACACAUACGUGCAAUGUGUGGUUUACUUGUACACACUCUUCUUAACACUUAUGAAAAGCUCCUUCUUUGCUUCCGCUCUUGGGGAAAUGUGGAGGGUUGGAGGGUGCACUUUUGGGUACCAUUUGGCCUACUUGAAAUCCGAAUUGGAAAUGUUUGUGCCUCUGUCUGAACACAGCCAUCUUGAAAUCUCUCAAGCCCACAGCAUCUGUUUUUGGUGUAUGUUUCCACUUCUCUUGGUUUGUGUGUGAUGAAACCUAACUGCUAAAAGCACCUGUGGGGAUGGGCUCCCUUUUCAGCUCUGAAGGGCUCCGGUCACAUGUGGUUUCUGCAGCUUGCGGUCUGGAAACAUUCCCCUCCCCCCGGCCUUGGACACUCAGCAGCCAGUUGGCGCGCUCCAUGCCUAGGGCUGUUCAGGGAAGCCAGGGACUCAGUAAUGCAGCCGGAACUGGGUCCCUGAAAACUGCCCUACCUCCCUCCUCUGAGCCAUGUCUCUCCCUUUUCCAAUGUGCCUUCGGUUCUCUGGACUUAGCAAGACAACGUCGACCAUUAGGUUGCAAAGUGCCUAUUGAUAGCCAAGCACGAGAGGGACCACUUGUGGAAUGCUGGGCGGGUGGCCUGCUGAGCUGGGUCCUGGAGGACAGGGAGGGCUGCCUCAACCUGCACCCCACAGAGGGCGGUACCCUGCAGCUGUGCAGGUGUUCACGGGGACCUGGAGUGCUCAACACCCGCCAUACGUGGCUGUGCUGGCCUCUCGGUGACAAGGUGAGGACGGGUGGUCUCGGCUGUAGCACAGAUUGGCAGCUCUCACCACCUGUACCGGCAGCAGUUUGCUGGACUUAGCAGAUUAUGGUUAGGGCGCUACUUAUGAAAUGACAGCUAUAAGCUGGGACAGCGACCAGUGCUUCAAAAUGAUCUGCAGGGCUGUUCAAAUAAAGCUUUAUUUUGUUCAUUCUC